UGGCCCCUUUACACACCUAGGGGUCAUUGUUUACAUCCAUCCAUACAUGCCAUUUCUGCAUGUACGUUUCUGUUCCCUGGCAGUGUGACAGAGCUGUAGAAGACGGACCAUCAUCCCACAUCCUCCCAGUUCUGCUCCAUAGUGUCCACUUGAUGCUUCAGAACCUGAUCUGCAAGGAUCACAUCUGAGCGGAAACCUUGUGGAUUUUUUUGCAAAACUAGUUCCUAUUUACAUCUUCCAAGACCAGCUGCCACCAUUUCACCUCCAGCAGUCAUGUACAGCUCCAACUACUCCCGAGCCAAGUUUGGCCAGGAGGCAAGGGAGUCCCUGCACAAACGCAAAGGAAAGAGCUGCGGUUACUACAUGAGAAUUAUCUUCUUCUUCUCCUCUCUGAUCCAGUCUCUCAUCAUCGUCAGCCUGGUGCUCUUCCUCAUCUAUGGACAGCCAGAGAAGUCGGCCGAGGAAAAGAGAGUCGAGGACCUGGAGUUAAACUUCAACAGGCUGAGUGAGAACAACAUCCAGCUGAGGAAGGAGAAAGGUGAGCUGGGAGCUCAGCUGGGAACUCGCACCACAGAGAAAGCUGCUCUGGAGACAGAGUUGGCAAAGCUGAAGACUGACACCAACGUGACAGAGUUUAUCCUAAAAAAUAAAUUAUCUAACUGUGAGAAAAGGAGUGCAGUAACAAUCAGCAUGAUGACUCGGCGUACAAGCCCUCCGAUCCAGCCCCCUCCUGUGGUCACUACCAGCGGUGAAAUGAAGACCCUGCAGGCCCUGAUCUCUCAGCAGACAGCCAUGAUAGACCUCAUUGGGUCGAACUUCACCUAUACAGUCCGGUACCUGAACCAGGAGAGAGACAAUGCCCUCAAAGACAGAGACACACACCACCAGGAUGCCAUCUCCCUGCGCAGGGAGAACACCAUGCUGAAGGAGCAGCUCACCACCUACACCAGGAAGUGCAAGGAGGACUUUACCAGCUCUUUGGACGGGAUCAAAAUGGUGACCAAUGAGUUUCUGAACAAGAUCAAAAGCCUGUUUCCCCACCAGUUGACUUUUCACCUAACCUGCGAGAGCCAGCAGGAGCAGAUGGAGAGGAUCAGAAACAAAUGCACAAACCUGUCCAGAGAUGUGGAGAAUAAGUUCCAGCUGUAUUUGGAUAAUGUGGGCAACAAGGUGGCUGAGAUCCAAGCCCUUUCCAGUCGUCUGGAGGUGCAAAACUUGCAUGCGACUUCUGAACUGCAGCAGUGUGAACGUACUCGCAAAGAGGCGGCCGCGGAAUCAGCCAGUGGGCUACAGCGCAAACAGAAGACUCACGAUGACCAGGUGGAGAAGUUACUGAUUGAGCAGAACCGGCUGAGGGAACAGAAGAAGCUGCAGGAAGACACUUUGGCCCUGAGAGACAGAGAGAUUCAGACCCUCCAGCAAAUGCUCCCUGCUCGGCCAAAUAUCAAGGUGAGAUGAAAUGAACUUGCAGACUGAUAACCGAAGAAACAUUGAUCAACACUUUGCCCUUAAAAAAUCAAAGAAAGACAUGUAUAUAUUCCUUAUACAACAAACUUUAAUGUGUACAUAAUAAAGAGUCCAUAUAGAUGACAUGCUGUUGUUGGACUACGCAUGCUUUGUUUAGCUCUGCUUGGAAUAGAAUAUUUACGUGUGUUUAAGUUUAAACAUUGGUUGAAAAGCCUUGGUACCAUCCAAGGUAAAUGUAAAAAUGUCAAUUACACUGGUGUAAAUAUUGUUCUUGUUAUUUUUGUAAUACUGUAAAUCUUUUAUUUGGAAUUAAAAUGAACCACAAACUGA